GGCCGUGCAGCCGGGUAGCGCUCUCCAUCCCUCUCCCAGCACCAGGUAGCACCGCCGCGAUGCACGGCGACGUGCGCACACAUGCACACCCACAAGCUGCUUAUUCUCGUGUCAAUUGACUCCCUGUAAGUGCUGCCUAGCUACCGGCACGGCGGAGCCAUCUCCUCUCCUCCCGCAGCCUUUGCCUGCUGCCACCAGCAGCCCCUAAUCCCCCCAGAGCUGAGGAGCAGAGCGGCAGCGCCAGGGUCCGACCGGCUUCGUUCCUUCUGACUUUGCGUUCCCUGCUUCCACUCUGGAGGAGAUGGGUCGCAAGGAAGAGGAUGACAGCAGCUCCUGGAAGAAACAGACGAGCAAUAUCAGAAAGACAUUCAUUUUCAUGGAGGCACUGGGAUCAGGUGCAUUCUCGGAAGUUUUCUUGGUGAAACAAAGAAGCACUGGGAAGCUCUUUGCUCUGAAGUGCAUCAAGAAGUCCCCACUCACAAGGGACAGCAGCUUGGAGAACGAGAUAGCAGUGCUGAAAAAAAUAAAGCAUGAAAACAUUGUGACUUUGGAAGAUAUUUAUGAGAGCACAACCCACUUCUACCUGGUGAUGCAGCUGGUGUCGGGCGGAGAGCUGUUCGACAGGAUCUUGGAACGAGGGGUCUACACUGAGAAAGAUGCCAGCGUGGUGAUCCACCAGGUGCUGACAGCAGUGAAAUACCUCCAUGAAAAUGGGAUCGUCCACCGUGACCUGAAGCCUGAAAACCUCCUUUACCUCACUCCCGAGGAGAACUCCAAAAUCAUGAUUACAGACUUUGGCUUGUCCAAGAUGGAGCAGAACGGCAUCAUGUCCACAGCCUGCGGCACGCCGGGAUAUGUCGCUCCUGAAGUCCUCGCCCAGAAACCGUACAGCAAAGCCGUGGACUGCUGGUCCAUCGGAGUCAUCACCUACAUCCUGCUGUGUGGGUACCCCCCUUUCUACGAAGAGACCGAGUCGAAGCUGUUUGAAAAGAUCAAGGAAGGCUACUAUGAGUUUGAAUCUCCCUUUUGGGAUGACAUCUCCGAUUCAGCCAAGGAUUUCAUCAGGCACUUACUGGAGAAGAACCCGGACACGAGGUUUUCCUGUGAAGAAGCCCUACGACACCCAUGGAUUAAUGGAAAUACAGCCCUUCACCGUGACAUAUACCCAUCUGUCAGCGCUCAGAUACAGAAAAACUUUGCAAAGAGCAAAUGGAGGCAAGCCUUCAAUGCUGCAGCUGUGGUGCACCACAUGAGGAAGCUACACAUGAAUGGCCACGCUGCAGCUGGCAGCACUCACCCUGUUAUACAAGGCUCCGAGGCAUCCAGACCCAGCACACCCAACGCCAUGCAGCCAGCAAUGCCCAGCAAGGAUGAGGACAUAUCACUGCCCCAGGUCCCCUGUCCAACUCCUCCUGCUCUGCUGGAGCAAAGCACAGGAAUGAGAGAGGACAAGCUGCAAAACCCCACUGUGAAUAAUGGAUUGCCAGACAACCAGAGCCCACCAGCCAGAUCGUGUGGCUGCAGCCCAGUGUGCACAGGGCAUGAGAGAGCCAAGGCAUCCUUCUGCUCCGAGACGGUGCUCCUUAAAAAGCCUGCAAAAUCCCACCAUUUCAAAUCAGAAGUUCUCGUUCCAAUGAAGACAGGUAAGCAUUCAUCCCACUGUGGCACUGGGCAAACUGGAGUUUGUUUGAUCAUGUGAUGAGGAAGGCAGCCAGCGGGAUCCCCCAUUGCCAGCGAAACAGAAGGGCUGUUUUACUCUUUUCUGCACUUCAAAGCCAGACAUCAACAGUGCAAGCAAGAAGAAAGGAUGUUGUGUCCCACCAUGGGCUGACGGGCAGCAGCGUCACGGUGAGCAGCGACACAGUGAUGAGCAGCACAGUAAUGCUGGGAAUCCAUCAGCGCAGUGACCUCGUUGUGCUUCUGGAUCGUUAAUGCUGGAAGAAGGCACUUAAGCAAGGGAAAGUCUGAGGCUGCUGCAAGCAUAUUCAGUGUACAUUAUCCAUACAACAUUGCUCAACGCUGUAAGCUUUUGUUUUCUGUAUACGGUUAAGUCGUCCGAUGCAUAACAAGUGCACUGCACAGCAUAAAUCCUAUAAACCAAAGCCAUGCAGAGUUUUAUUCAGUGGCAGCUCGGUUUAUUUUUACAACCUGCAUCCUUCCCAUUCCUUGGAUUUCAGUUCCUCCCAGGCUUCAGCUCUUUGCAGCUCGGUGACAAGCAGCUGCCCAGGCUGCGUGGUUCUCACUUCAGCUACAAAAGGAGACAACCUGCUAGCAACCUCCGUAUGUCUGAUAAUAACCACAGCGAGGUCUAAAAUCCCUGCUUCCAAGUCUGUAAUUGCACAAUAAAUACUUGCUUAAUAAAGCUGACUUUUGUUUUGUAAA